AUCCUUCGCUGUCCCGUCACACUUACUAGUGCAUCAGCGUAUCCAUUCAUUCACGGCUUCUUCUCGCUUUGGGUAGCCUCGUGUUAUGAUCAUUGAGCCCGGGAUGCUAGAAGGCAGUAUCUCCACGCAGGCCCCUCGAGGCGAACGAGCAUAAAUACCGACGGACAUAGGAUGGAACGCAAAUUCUCACCAUGGACCUUACCACUGCCACCGACAGCUUCACGACCAUUGAAGAGGUCGACGCUGCCGUUGAGGACAUCCUGGCCCACGGCCUGCCCGAGGCGAUCGUCUCGAGGCUUACGAGCUUCGAGUUGCCCUUCUACGAAAAAUCGUAUGAACUGCGCCGCCUCACCGCUAUGAAAUACUUCUGCCGUCAAAGCCCUGACGUGACCCGGCACCAGAGGGUGCAAGACCAGCACAACCGCGCGGCCAUUCAGUCGGAGGAUGUCCCGCAGCGACACUUCGUAGGAUUCAAGCACGCCUUCCAUGAAAUAAACUACAUGAGCGGUAGUCCAUUUGGCGACGAUCGGACCCAACAUUUCCUCGACCUGGGGUGUGCCCCGGGGGGCUUUGCCAUCUGGGUGUUGCAGAACAACAGGAACGCUCGAGGCGUCGGUGUCACCUUGUCCCCGGAGGCCAAAGGCAUCCGGAUACAACUUGGCACCAAGUUUCUGAAGCGGUUCGACGUCCAGUAUGGAGAUGUGUGCGAGAUUGCGACGGGACAGGCAACCAUAGGGGAGGUCCCAGACGGCGGUUUUGAGCUUGUCCUUGCGAAUGCUGCGAUCAUGUUGGCGGACGACAUCAUCCCCUGGGCGGACACAAUCCGCCUGGUAUAUGCCCAGCUACUAGUUUCCUUCCAGCACAUCGCGCAGGGCGGCUCCCUGGUGAUCAGUUUUAGGUCGCGUCCUUUGAAAUGGGUCGUCGACAUCGUUCGCCUCCUAGGUCAGGCAUUCACGUCGACCAGGACAGAGAACCCGUCAUUUCAGGGUCGACGCUCGUUUGCCUACGUCGUCUGCAGAGGUUUCAGUGCGACCGACGAAGAGAAGAAUAGGUACAUCCAUCGCCUCGGCGAAUGCGUGGAGUACUUGAAGAACGCCACCGGACGUGUUGACGACCCAUCCGGUGGGACGGCGAAGAUCCCGCAUCUCUGCGGCGCGCAAGACGAGGCCAUCCCGGAAGAAACAUACCAGCACAUAGUGGACAUGUUCGCCAGCGUCUGGGAGCGCCAAUAUAACGCCAUCCAUUCCAAUUACGAAAAAGUGCUACUCGAGCAGCAGGCGUGUGAGAGGUUCAAUGCGCAAACGAGCGUAGGCGAGGACAUCGGAGGUGGUCCUUGGCAACCUGUAGGACGUAGACCGGUCGCGCAGGCCAACGAAGGCGGCUCAUUUAAAUGGAGCCGUCCGACCGCACCGCCUGACGACAUCUAUCGGAAGCGCCGCAUGGAGAAGAACGCGGCUUACAACACGUUCUUCAGUCGUCGUGAUAGCGCGAGCGGCAGCGCUGAUGGCCCCGGCACCUGGCGGAGGAGCUAGAUGUGAGGACAGUCCAUGGCAGCUGGAAAUUCUGCGACUCAUUGUCUCGUUGAUGUUCUUGUAGAUCCUAGUCUCGCGGCAGCCUGCAUCUUGUACUACCGGUGCAGGCGUGACUGACUGCUAUGUCUGCUGUCCUUCUGUUUUCAAAAUUGACGUUUUACAUGCUAUCGCUGUUGCCUGGGCUGCGAAUGUUCUGUAUGUCUGUUGUCGUGAUACGGCCGGAGCGUGUAUGAUAGGAG